CUUACCCAAACACAAUUUUUUUAUAACCCUCCGUCACCUUCCCUUCCCUUUCCCUUCAAACCCACUCUACCAAACUGAGCCUUAGGUUUUUGAGCUCAUCGGAUAUAUAUAUAUAUUCAAGAAAAAAUAAAAUUAGAGCACAUUUCUAAGCGUGUUCUCAGAAUCGCUAGUAUCCUUGCCCUUUCACUGAAUUUACUCAGAGUCACAAAAUUAGCGAAACGGCUCAUCUACCGCACAGAGAAUGCCGAGGGUGACCACUGUAUUGCAAAAGGGUCGCAAAGCUUUACAAGACUUGAAUCUGCUCAAGAUUUUGCAGUCCGAGAUCAGUCACGAGCAGUCAUCUAAUCCCUUUCAGAAUAAUGUAAGUGGUUCCUUGGGAGAUUUUGUAUUGGACUGGGAUUCACCACAGUCCCAAGAUGUUGUUUUGCGGAAGAAAUGCGAUUCAGGUGAGGAGGUUGCAGUUUCAGCUUUGCUUGGUCCUGAAACCUUUGAAGGAGGUAAGUUUUCCAGGGAAGCUCUGAUGAAGAUUUGCAUAAAGAAGCCUGGACUGAGCUCCAUCUUACAGUUUGAUUGUGGAGUUUCUAGUAAAGAUGAAGAUGGGUCCGAGUUUGACAUCCAAAAUGCCUAUUAUAUCCAAUCAUCAGCCUGUUUGGGCCCUUCAGUCUACCGAGGCCCCUUAUUCAGUUCUUUGGAUCCCCAAUUGCAAGAUGAACUCAAGCAAUAUCUAGUAGGCAAGGGAAUUGGGGACAACCUUACCAACUUUGUUCUCCUCCAUCUACAUAAGAAGGAGCAAGGUCAGUACGUGAACUGGUUGCAAAAAUUGGAAGCUAUGGUGGCACAAAGUGAGUGAUCUAUACUAUUGCCGGGAGCAGGUUUAACUGAUACAUGCUUCCUUCUCGGCUCAACACACUUACUCCUUGUAGGGAAGAAUUUGUAUGCCUAUGGGAUGAGGUUAUAGGAUAAUUUAAUGGCAAAACUUGCAUGACCUGUGUCACUAUAUAUAUAUAUAUAUAUAUAUAUAUAUAUAUAUAUAUAUUUUUUUUUUUUUUUUCUUUCUUUCUCCAAUAGCAUUUUGAUUGACUUGAAAAGUUAUCAACUCUAUUUAUGAAAUGCUAAAGUUAGGUGGUGCCUUAAAUCCCUCUUUUGUUGGA